GUAUUAACAUAUGGUUUAUGCUGGACGAAGCGGACGGCGUUGGCAGCAUCGGUAGUUACCGGAUCCGCUAGAACUGACUUUCCGUACCACAUGGCCAUCUUCCAAUCCUUCAAGUGUAUUAACAUAUGGUUUAUGCAGCACCUUACGUUCUGGCUUGCAUAUCUGUAUCCAAUGCCCAGUCCACAACCUCCUGUCAAUAUGGAAACAUUUUUUUUAGGGAUGUACCAACAUUUGUUAUUGCAUGUUCCCUUAUGUCCACUCAUAUUUUUAUUAAGGCUGACCAACUACUAAUUUAGCUACUGUCAAAUUACUAUUUAUAGUACAUUACCAUUGACCCAUUACUGGCCAUACGUCUACUUCUAUUGUUAGUACUUUUUUUCAUAUAAAUAAACCUUGUACCUGCAACGGGAGAAUCAUCUCGUUAGAUAUUUUUCCAUCUCUCGCUGGCAAGAAGUCGAAUGUGUUAUCUGAUUGUUCCAACUAUUUGUUGAAACGUUCCCUUCAUGGCAGGAGAAACGACAUGUCCGAUGUGCACUCAGCCAUCUGAUUUGUGCGGCCGAUCUUCGAGAUCAUCCACGAAGUUCUGUAUAAAAAUGUUGCCGAUGGUGUUCGAAAAUUGUUCGAUAAUUCCUUGUAGAUUUAAAGAAAGACUGGAGAACUUAUGCCCAUCGAAUAUAUUAAAGGCAAAAGGUACGCCAGACAGGGACCCCGAAGGCGAUUGUGAUGAUGAUGAUGAAGAAUGUCGUGUCUAUAGCAUGCACCACAUCAUACUCGAUGAUCGUGGUUCACACUUUGCAAUGAUAGGACCGUAUUACAGGUCCAUGCUGUCGGCUUUCGAUGUUGAAGUGGGGGACAUCAUUACUUUAGACUUGGUCAAGGAUGAGCACAUAUUUAAUAUAUAUGUGCAUAGUUCUACCGGCGUACCUAAACCUUGGAUCAGGACCCCUGAAUGCCAGAAUCUACCGGAACAAUGCGAAGAAGCAUUCAAUGGAUGUUACUUCACUGAUGCCACCGAUAUUUCUCAAGAGGAAAUGAACAAGAUCAUCCCGAAAAUUGAACAAUUGAUGGGAGAUCCACAUUACCAUACUCACGAACCCAAUUUCGUUGUACACCGGCUCGGAAGCGGCGAAAGAGUCGUAUGGGGACUUUCUUUGGAAGCUAUAAAGCCAGAGGGUGUUCUUCCCAUAAAUGGCGUUGCCGUGUACGCUUGCGAGGGCCAUACUAUACAGGGAGAAUACAAAAUUAGGAAUGGCGAGAACAAGCACACACACGCGGAAACCUCAGGAAGAGACUGGAAAGGAUACACGUCGAGGAACAAAUGCAGAAAGACCCCCCAACAAGGGAAAAAUAAAGAAAAGCUCCUGUAGGACCCUGCAUCCAUCGUCUUCUCCAAUCGUCGCCGGAUCCGAGCGAGCACCAUCGCCGUUGCUGGCUUUACGGAUCGAAGGAGAAGCUCCUCGCAGACGGAGGAGCCAUGAGCGUUGGGGAGCGUCGACCGGGGAUCUUCCCCAUGCUGCAGAUCGGACCUCAGGUCCGCCGUAACACGCCGACCACUUCGGGGAAAACCGGCGAACCUGCCACCAUCAAGCCACCAUCCUGCUCCCGAGCCGCCAUCCUCUCCUGAAGGCCAACGCCGCCGCCAAAAGCAACGGACGGCAGCCAUCAUCUUCACUCCUGGGCAGGAUCUCCAAGCUUCGCGACGACGCCGGAGGAAACGCCAUCGAGACGGGGCCAAAGCUUGAGAACAAAAUCCCCUGGAUGCGGCGCCGCCGCCGCCUCGCCGACGCAUCCUGGGAAACCCUAGCCACACCGUCCAGCAGGAACGGCUGGAGACUACGCCACCACUCCCCUCGAAGAAAUCGAGAUGGGGCCGGAGGUGGUGGAUCUUAUUGAGGGAAAGCGUCGUCGCCGCCGCCAUCCUGACAACGCCGCCCCCAAAGCCUAACCCUAACCUAUCUACACGCCGGGCCAAAGGAGCUGGAGCUCCCCCACUCUCCCCCCGCCGCCGGAGCGACGAGAGAAGAGAGAGGGAGCCAGCGCCCUCGCCGGCGGCGGUGUACGGAGGGAAACGGGGCUCCUCCCUUUUCGCCUCUUCUACUGUAGCAAGAGAUAGGGGGAGGGAGAGCAGACCAGUGACCGUCACUAGAGUUGUGGCCAAUGAAAGUUACAUUGGUCUUGAUAUCUUACGCAUUUAGGCCAACAUAAUCGCUCGUCCAUUUUUACAAUUACGUUCUUUUUUUCAGAAUGCAUGUUGUGUUUUAGACUGUCAAAUUUACUUUUACACACUUUUCGCUUAGUACGAUAUGAUGUUUCUUUUUAAAUUUCAAUAAUGAGAAUAAACACUAUUACUUUUUCCCGUCGAACAAUUUUGUACUUGAGAAGAAAGCUUCUCUCUUACGUGAGUACCAAUUGCUGAAAUGUUCUACUUAAUAUGUAGUAGGGGUGGGGCGAUUUCUCGUUACAGCUUUCCCCUGUCUAAAGAUGUUUCGCUGAAUUGUACUUGUUUUACGUGUUGCGUGCCAAAGUAAUUGUGGUGAUUUGUAAGCCUCUGUGUCCCUUCCGUGUCCCCUCCUAGUACAGAAACAUUGCUGCCGAAUAGCCUUUUCCGUCCCCUUCCUUUUCCCGCAACUUUUGCAAAGAACUGAGGAGAGAGAGAGACAGACACCCCUAGCAAUGUAGAAGGAGCGUACCAAGGAGGCAUCCUCAUCGGCGGCCGCAUCGGCCUCGUCUUCUGUGCUACAUGCGCAGAAGCCGGAGGCUGAUGCGUCCGCGACUGCCUCGGAUGUUCAGAAGCUGCUGAAGGAGCCGUCCGUGCAGAAUCCGGAGCUGGAGUAUCUGAAGAAGGGCGACGCACGGGAGGUGGUGGCAGUGCCAGAUCUGGAGAAUGGCGUAGGUGUUGUGGCUCGGGAGCAUCUGGCAAAGCUCGAGGCGCACUUUGUGGAGCAGAUCUGGAGAAGGAGGAGUAUAUGUUAUAAUCCUGGAAAAUGUCAUGGAAAAUAUGUAAAAAUGACUUUCUAGAGAAUCCUUUGAAGAAAAUAACAGGAACAACAAUGUAAAUCGAUAGUGUUAGGUUGAAAAGAGGGAGAAAUGUACCAAAAAAGACCUAACAAGCAUCCAGCUUUAAAAUAGAAUGUAAAUCGAUAGUGUUAGGUAGAAUGUAGCAAAUAAGAGGAACAACAUUGUAAACGCAAGAAUUUUAGACUACAUCAUUAUGUCAUAUGAUAUCAACUGAAAUUUCAAUGCCACCACGGUCGCCCAAAUUGAAUAGAAUGAGAACAACAUCCCCAGCUUUAAAAUAAUACUCCUUAGCAAGCUCCGCCCAGCAUGAAUCAAACUUUAGCCUUCCGUCGGUAGUAGUGUAGUAUGCACCCUUAGGACGGAACCCAUAAUCAUCAACAAAGAAACAAGC